AUAAAGAAAAAAGGGAUAUUAAGUCACCGGAAGCGAGAAGCUGUGAAGCAGUAAACACAGGGAGCUUGAUGGAGGAAGCUGUCAGGAACAUGGCUGCGGGAUAAACCGUCAAUAAGACGACAGAGCCGGUGUUAGAGAACCGUGCCCGGCCUGAGGGUCGAUGGAGGCUGGAGGCUGGAGGCUGACGCCUGUGGACCGUCGGACCGUCGCUGGUUGUUCAGCGGGCCGUUGACGGAGCAGCACCGGGCACAGAGCGCGACCUUGGCGGACGUUGCCAUGGAUCUGACUCGCUUUGCGUCGGAUGCUGGUCAGUUCAUCAACAGAGCGAUUCAGUACACAGGGGAGACUAUCGGCCAGGCGGACAAGACAGAUUUGGACCCAGGUCUGGAGGAGCUGCUGUUACUGGCAGACGCCACCAAGACCUGCACGGACAAGAUAAUCUCCCAGACUGAGGUUUUACUGCAGCCGAGCACCGGAGCACGGCUAGAGGACCGGCUGUAUGAGCAUCUUGAGUGGAGCGCUCCACCUCGGCCUCGUGCCCUCGAGGUUCUGGGGAAUGAGAUGUCCCAGGCCGGGCUGGAGAUUGGGUCCAACAAUCCCUAUGGAACGGCUCUGCUGAGGUGCGGAGAGGUUCAGAAGCAGCUCAGUGAAGCGGAGAGAAAGUUUGUCCAAAGCACCAACAUCCACUUUCUCACCCCUCUGAGGAGUUUCACUGAGGGAGAACACAGAACCAUACAAGAUGAGCGCAGGAUGUUGCUGAACAAGCGUCUGGACUUGGACAUAGCUAAAAGUAGACUGAAGAAAGCCCACGAGGCCGAUCAACAGUCCAGAAACCUGAAUGCAAACCCGCUGGACGAUGACUACAUGUCUCAUGUCUCCUACAUGUUCAGUUUCCUGCGUGUUAAAUGGCUGAAGGUUUGGGCACAGCAGAUCACGCAGGUCAGUCACGUUCAUCUUUGUUUGCACGAUCCGACAGAAAUAGUUAUAAAUAUAUAUACCAACCACAUGCGGAGUCUGACUGACUUUGUGGAAGUUCAGGCUUGUUACUUUGACCAGUGCAACCAACAUGCUCAGGAGCUGCAGAAGCAGCUGUCCAGCAUCCCGGCAGUCCUCUGCUCCAAUAACUGGCAUUCAGAAAUAAGUAAUCAGCCCUCAACAAGUCACCAUGUCGCCAACGAGCCCACUGGAUUAAAUCAGGUCACUCCGAUUCCAGUAGUCCAACAAAUUCCAGACUUCGAUCAGGACUCGUGGACUGCACAUCCAUCAUCAGACACACAAAAAAUAACAGCAGGUUCAUCUGCACACACCGAAUCACUGGACCCGACAAAUAACAACAACAACAACAACAACAACCACCACCACUCAAGUGACAGCCAUGAAAUCAGUAACCAUGCAGCGGCCAGUCAAGCAUUUCACAAUGUCCGUGCUUCAAAUUCCGAAAAUCACACAACAGCUCAGCCGUCAGCGGCCGACAGGACAGUCAGCACGCACGUAACAACCAAUGCAACGACUGCUGUGUCUUCAGCCACAGCUGCAGGAGCCAAUGGUGCAGGUCAUGCAACAACAACAACGUCCUCUCAACCUUCACAACUCAGUGCAGCUGUGCUCCGGCCUCAGGCUGCAAAUGCAGCAUCUGAUGAAACCAUGACAACCGGCGCCGUGGCUGAUGAGCCCCAAACAACCGAUGAAACGGGUCAUGAUGAGCAGCGCGCCGUUAAUGGAGUAGACGUCCAGGAGUCGUCAUCGUCAGCCAGUCAGGAUGUGGUUGAGUAG